AUGACAGGCAUCAAGUCCUCGCUUGCAAUUCUUCUUCUCAGUUUCAUCACCAAAGCUCUUCAAUUGCAGUACGUGGAUUCAUGUCCGAGUGAUUCUUUGUUUUUGUUUGAGUUCAGGGCUGUGCGCAUGCUCUUUGGACACAUUCACCGCCGGAACGUCCGGACCGGGAGGAUCGUACAGGACAAGCCGGAAUGGAAGGUGACGGUGAUCAACAACUGCACCUGUGCCCAGAGCGGCAUCAAGCUCAAGUGCGCCGGGUUUCAGAGCACUGAGCCAGUCGACCCCUCGAUGUUCGCAAAGCAAGGGGAUAGAUGCCUGCUCAACAGUGGAAAAGCCCUGGCACCGCAUGGCUCGGUCAGCUUCUCUUAUGCUUGGAAUCCUCCGUUCCUUUUGUGGCCAGCCGAGUCAGUCUCGGCCGGUUGCUGA